ACUCAUCAGAGAUGCUGUGUAGGGGUAGGCAGGGCUCAUCCUCCAUUAGAGGUGAAAAGGAAAGUGAAAGAGAUAAAUCGAGAUAGUCAAAAAUCCACAUUUAAAACGAGAGAGAGAGAGAGAAAGAGGAAAAAGAGCAUAAUUACAACAUUCUCACAUGCUAGAGAAUCAUGCUUCUGGGUUGAGUAAAUCGAGGAAAAUCUCGUGUCUGAAAUAAGUUAAAGACCUGAGCUUUAGCACCCCCAGAAGCUCAAAGAAGACAGAGAGAUGGCGGCGGAAGAGUCGUGCUGCACUGCGAAAUUCUCGCUGUAUGUUUUGGUGUGCAUAGGAUUAGUGGCGUUUGCCGGAAUGAUGGCCGGACUAACACUUGGGCUCAUGUCUCUCGGCCUCGUUGAUCUCGAAGUUCUCAUCCAAUCCGGCCGUCCCCAAGAUCGUAUCCAUGCCUCUAAGAUUCUUCCAGUUGUGAAAAAUCAACAUCUUUUGCUUUGUACACUCUUGAUUGGGAACUCUUUAGCAAUGGAGUCUCUGCCUAUAUUCUUGGACAAGCUUGUGCCUUCGUGGGCGGCAAUUCUGGUGUCUGUUACACUCAUUCUCAUGUUUGGUGAGAUUUUGCCCCAGGCAGUUUGCACUCGCUAUGGAUUGACAGUUGGAGCGACAGUGGCGCCUUUUGUUCGUCUGCUGCUUUGGUUAUUUUUCCCGGUUGCUUAUCCUAUUAGUAAGGUUUUGGACUGGAUGUUGGGAAAAGACCACUCUGCUCUCCUACGCAGGGCAGAGCUGAAAACAUUUGUUGAUUUUCAUGGAAACGAGGCUGGGAAAGGAGGCGAUCUGACUCAUGACGAAACAACCAUUAUUGCUGGUGCUCUUGAGCUGACGGAGAAAACGGCUAAAGAUGCCAUGACACCAAUAGCAAAGGCAUUCUCUGUUGAUCUGGAUGGAACUCUUAAUUUGGAGACACUUAAUUCUAUAAUGACAAUGGGGCAUAGUAGAGUACCUGUAUACUAUAGAAAUACCGCAAAUAUUAUUGGACUUAUUUUGGUAAAAAAUCUUCUGGCAGUUAAUUCAGAAGAUUCGGUUCCGAUAAGGAAGAUGAUUAUAAGAAAAAUUCCUAGGGUUUCGGAGAACAUGCCUCUCUAUGAUAUUCUGAAUGAAUUCCAAAAGGGUCACAGUCACAUUGCUGUUGUUUACAGAGAUCUGAACGAAACAAGAGAGACGUGGACCAAGUCUAAAGACACUGAAGAUACUGGGGCUAAAUCCGUUCCACGUGAUGCUGACAAGGCGUUGAGUAAGGCUGAUGACGAUCAAAUUGCUAAGAAAAGUCCUCCGCGUACUCCUGCUUUCAAGAAGAGACACAGGGGUUGCUCGUUUUGCAUUCUGGAUCUGGAGAAAACUCCAAUUCCUGAGUUCCCUCCCAACCAAGAAGCUGUCGGUGUGAUUACUAUGGAAGAUGUGAUCGAGGAGCUUCUUCAGGAGGAGAUUCUGGAUGAAACCGACGAAUAUGUUAACAUUCACAACAAGAUAAAGGUAAACAUGAACGCGUCACAGGAGAAGUCUUCUGAGUGGAACUCCACACAGAUGCUUCUGCCAUCCGGCUCAGAAUCUACCGGUCCUAAAUAAUAACCUCAAGAUUCAAGAACAGCAAAGUGUACAGUUCAAGUGGAAUACCACUGUUAAGAAACCUCAAGGAGGCAUAGUUGUUGCCAUUAUUUUGUAUGAUUAUGAAGGUUGGACUGAAUCUGAAUACUGGAAAAAUAGGAGUGAUGUAGUAGACUUUUGUAGAGGUUAGCUAGCAUUGCUUAAUCAAGUAACUGGUUGAAAUUGUGCAGUGGUGUUAUUAGAAUCAAGAAUGCAGAAAAAUAUUUGUUUCCCAGAAGUUAAA